ACCUGGGGAAUGUGGAUGGAGUACUUCCUUGUAGCAACAGGGUGGAGACUGCUCAGGAGGCCUGCUUCACUCACACUCACUUCCUGUUGGAGUGUGAAGUCUACGAGGCACAGCUGGACACUGACUGAACUCUCACAAGACAUUCAGGACAGAGAGAUGCUGUACACGGAGCUGCUGGGGCUGUGGGACGGGGCGGUGCAGAGGGCCGACUCUCAGGACUGGGAGGGGGCUCUGUCCCAGCUGCAGCAGAUCAGCGAGCCCACCUCCUGCACGCUGUUCAACACUGCCUCAGCCCACCUGAUGCUGGGGCAGCUGCACCUGGCCCUGAAGGCUUUAGACCUCACUAUCGCCAAAGAUGAACGUCUCGCUGUCGGCUUCUUCCAGAGAGCAGCAGUGAUGAUGCAGAUUGACAGGUUGGAGGAAGCUCUAUCUGACUGUAUCUGGGCACAGAAGCACAUGAGAGGAAACACGGUCAUCGACUACAGACAGCUGGGACUGAGAUUCAAACUCUACAGCUGGCAGGUGUUGUAUAAUGCAGCAGCUGUGUACUGUCGGAUGGGCCAAUGGGAGCAGGCCAGGGAGGUUCUGCUGUCAGCCUCCCAGGAGAGAGGAGGAGUUCGGGGGGGAAACAUAGAGGCGGCUUUGGACAGCGUCCUGAGGGAGGAGGUCCUGGCUCCUCUGCUGGUGCCUGACAACGUGGUGUUUCGUCCCAGGAAACAGGAUGUGGAGCAGCUGCAGCAAAGAGACUUCCUGGGCAAAGCAAAGGUGAUUUCAUCCAUGAUUCCCAAUGAUGACUUUGGAGGCUUUGAACCUCUGAGGCUGCAGAAACCUGGUUUCUAUGAGCCCAAGGUGGAUGGAGCUCAGGAUUCUCGAUACAUGCGCAUGCGAGUUCCUUACAUGGCCCGAGGGCCUCAACAGCUGACGGUGCCGGGCGGGGCCAUGGUGUUUUUAUUUGGCGAGGAAGACAGGGAUGGGAUGGCAACUGUCAUAUAUGAUGGACAGAGAGGACUUCUUCCAAUGUCCCUGCUCGAUCCUGCCAAUGUCAAGACAUCAAAAGGCAAAAAGGAGAAUAGAGUUCCCAGUGGGAUCCCUCUCCCACCGGGACUGAAGCCCCCCACCCGCCCACAGGCCCAGCCCAGCCCUGCAGCUCCUCCUCGAGUGAGUUUUUCCUCAGACACUCCACCUCCAUCCUACUCCACUGCCACCCACGCACCGCCCUCAGACUCAGACCCCCCCCAGUACACGGACAACCCAGCCAGAGACCAGCAUGCUGAUGAGGCUCAGGGAGCGGAGGCGGGCUCUGUGCUGGUGAAGGUCCACUUCACGUACACAGUGGCUCUAUCUGUCCCUCUGGAAACAACUAACUAUGAAAUAAAGGAUUGCAUCGCACAGAAACUGGGCCAGCCGGCGUCUCAGCUGCGCCUCAGAUAUAAGCAGCAUGGCUCCCGGAUGCUAAUCCCUCUGGGGGGCGAGGGGGAGCCAGGCCGUACUGUGCAAGAUGUGGCUGAGGCUGGCAGAGUUACCCUGUGGUGUCAGAAAGAAGACCCCUUAGCCAACCGCUCUAUCCUCCACCAGAUGGUGGCGCUGUACGACUACACUGCUCAGGGACCAGAGGACCUGGAGUUUAGCGAAGGAGACACCAUCGACAUCUUGGGUGAAGUGAAUGAGGUGUGGCUGGAGGGACACAGUGCAGGAAACAUCGGCAUCUUCCCCGGCUGCUUCGCCUUCAGGGAGAACGCCAAGAUCACCCAGAGCUCCGGGUUAUAAAAGCAGAUGUGUAACUGCAGUCAUCCCUAAUAAAUCUAUUUCCUGAGAAUGCAUGCAGGCAUUAA